AUGUGCCAAUCUACCUAGUUAUGCAAAGGAGUAGCGCUAUUGAUCACAGGAUCCGAAGACGGUGGAUGCAUGUCAGACAUGGUGUAACAGACAUGGCUAGUCGCACUAACUCCACGUCAGACCUGGUGUUCACGGAUGGAGAAAUGUCACCACGGUUACAGCAACUCUACUCUCCAAUGUCAAACUUCUCCAUGCAGUCGCAGGAAAUACUCAAUUCUGUUUUCGACUCCGAAUACACGACUCCCAGCAAUCAGUACGAUGACUAUUCACACAUUCAGUAUACUCCUAACCGGAAGUUAUCUGCCCCUGUUGCCCCAGACCCCCCACUGAGGACUUCUAGUGUAUCAUCAUUUAUGUCGGAUUAUUCACAUAGGUCCUACACAUCAGGCCAUGGCAAUGGGCAUGGUAGUCAUGGCAACAAUGGACAUGGUAACAGUCGCGGUAUAAGACAUGGCAAUGGACAUGGCAAUAGUGGCGGGGUCACACAGUACUACAAGGGACAAAGCAAUCAACAGAAUCAGCAUCUACACCCACCCUCCCGACGGAAAACAUGGACACCUUCCGGAUUAAAAAUCGGCAUGACAGGAAACCUUAGUAAUAGUAACAGCACAAGCAAUGUCAGAAACUGUCAUAGCAAUGAUCUCCUGGAGAAUAACUAUGAUAGCGUUAUUAAUGGCCAUGUCAGAGGUCAAGGAGAUGACACGGAGAUAGCGCCACCCAGAUUGGCCCCAGUCAGUGGCAUGCUUCCCAGGUCACCAGCCCGUGGAAUUAUCAAGCCAAUCGCCUUCAAGCCUGUUGUUGUGAACCAUAAUUACGUCAAUACUCGCCGAAUGGUGGACAACAGGAAGUAUUCUCUUCAGGAUGAUGGGUACGGGUCGCAGGAUUAUCCAAUGACCAAUCAGCGGAAUGCUGCUAACAUGUCGCAUGGGUCGCUUCACACCGAGAGUGACCGAUCAGCCAGCUUCUCAAGUGAUGGUCAUAGCAAACAGUUCAGUCCGGAUCGGCCAGAGUCCAUCCGCUCAUUUCAGAUGGACAGUGACCAUUCGACAAGCUUUUCAAGUGAUGGACAAAGUCAGAAACAGUAUACACCAGAACGGUCCGAGUCCAUACCGUCAUCAAAUAUGAGUCGUGUUUCUGUAAAUCGUUUGGAAGGCUACGUACAGACACCUUCUCCAAGUGAUAGUGGGGUAGGAGAAUUAGAGGCCAUGCUGAAGGAAAAGGAUGCCGAAAUUAAUACAUUACGAGAUGUAAUGGAGAAAAACGAGAAAGCCAUAUUUCAAGUUUAUGAGGAAAAGAAAAAAUCUUGGUCUCAUGAUAUGAAACAAGUCAAAGAUGAAUAUGAUCAAAAACUAAAAACACAGCAAAGAAAGUCGUACAAAACAGAGCAGGUUCUGUCACUGCAGGUUUACAAGUUACAGCAGGAAAAGAAAACCAUGAAAGAGGAAUGUGAUCGAAUCAAAGCCGAAAAGGAAGAGCUGAAGGCAAAAGUACAGUCAUAUUCACAGGAAACUGAGAGACUUCAAUUAGAAAUCGCAAACAUUUCAUCACAUAAUAAAUCAAUUUCGGAUGAAAGUGUAGGUGACUUACACCUUACGAUGGACAGCCUGAACGACAGUCUUGCGCUUAAAACUGAGGAGGUUGUUCAACUACGCAAAGAGUUGGAGGACAAGCAACAGGAACUCUCGGAAAAGGAUGAGGAAAUCGGCGAAAAAUUUAGAGAAAUUGUUGCAAGAACUGAUGAGGUUCAGUCUUUAAAAGAAAAUUUGCGAAGAGUUUCGAUAGAAUCUUCAAUGGAAACUGAUAUGUCUUGUGUUUGUGACAAAGAUUUAAAAUCCAGAGGCAAGUCUCCUAACUCUAACUGUGAUAGACUUGUGUCUCCUGGGACCUCCAUCUUGGCCGGAGAAGGUCUAAAUGAGGAGGUUCUGCGACUUCAGGAGGAACUUGAUGUCCAUCAGGAUACCCUUGUCAAAGAAAGGGAACAAUGGGCAGAUGAAAAGAACAAAGUGAUUCGCUACCAAAAACAACUUCAGUUAAAUUACGUACAAAUGUUUCGUAAAAAUAAACUUCUUGAAGCAGAAGUGGAACAACUGACCCUGGAACUGGAGAGUAGAGACAUAAAACUCAUGUCGAUCAAUGGAGAGGAGUCUGUGUGCUAGGGGUCGUCGUUAAGUGCAAUAAGGAUUAUGGUGCUAACCUGUACUUAUUACCAAAACAGUUUUUGGAAAUCCUCAUCAGAUUUAUUAUAUGUGCAAGAAUUCCGAGUGAUUUGAAACAAGAUACCUGUGAACUUACAUAGCAAGUACAUGUAUAUGUAUACAAAAAUAAAAUAUAUAUAUACUUGUAUAUGGGUAUCAGAACUGAGGUUCAAAUUUCUUCAGAAUUAGAUACAGUUUUAAUAACGACUGAUUACAAAGUGGAACUUGUUCAUGUGUAGUUGAAAACUCUAUGAGGAAGAGAUUACUUCUUAAAUUUCAUAAUGAGUUUAGCAUAA